CACUAGCAACACCGCAGUUUCGAAAGUUCAAUUUCGCAUGGCGGACGUGCAAUAAGACUCACUGAUAUUUGUUGGUGAUAAUUUCAAUCAACUCGUUGUGAUUCCUUAUGGAAGGACUAAUUCUAAUGCUUUUAUUUCUUUGUGGACGUGCGUUAUUCAUACCUUAACGAUUGAUGAUGCUGUAGUGAUAUUAUUUGUUGUAUUUGUGUGAACUGCAUAGUUUUUCUCAAAAAUGGGAAAAUGUGACGAAGCCAAUGUUGAAGUUAGUAUGGGGGACUCGGCGUCCCCCAUGAAACCUGAUAAUUUUACGUUCAGCGUGCCCCCGGAGGCGCCCGUGUUCGAGCCGACGCCGGAAGAAUUCCUGGAUCCUCUGGCGUACAUCAGCAAAAUAAGACCAAUUGCAGAGAAGUCUGGAAUAUGCAAAAUCAAACCCCCUGCGCAUUGGCAACCCCCGUUCGCCGUGGAUGUCGACCGUCUGCGGUUCACACCGCGGAUACAACGGUUAAAUGAAUUAGAGGCUAUAACGAGGGUGAAGCUAAACUUCCUGGACCAGAUAAUCAAGUUCUGGGAGCUCCAGGGCUCCGUCCUCAAGAUCCCCACAGUCGAGAGGAAGCCGCUUGAUCUCUACGCUUUGCACAAAAUUGUUAAAGAAGCUGGCGGCUUCGACACAUGUUCGGCGGAGCGAAAAUGGACCAAGAUCGCACGGCGUAUGGGCCACCCACAAGGAAAGGGCAUUGGAUCCAUACUCAAGAACCACUAUGAACGCAUACUGUACCCUUACGACGUGUUCAAGAGCAGCGGUGCCGUGGACAAUAAGGAAACAAAAAUCGAAGUAAAAGGCGAUCAGACCCCAGAAAAGGCGAACACCACACGGAGCCGCUCGAACUCGAAAUGCCCCGCGGCGACCCCGCCGCCCGCGCGCCGCUUCAAGAGCAGCGAGCCCGAGCCCGCGGCGGAGGGCAGCCAUACGGAGGGCGCGCUGGCUGGGGCUGAUGAGGAGAAGACGCCAAUUAAAGAGGAGAAAGAGAAUGGGGAGCAGAGACGCAGUCCCCGCGAGAACAAGUGGAUGUCACCGGCGGGCAGCUGCGGCGCGCGCUCGCGCGUGACGCGCGCCACGCGCCUGCGCGAGCACCGCAUGAGCAACAUGACCGUCUCCGUCACGCCCGCGCCGCCCACCACACCCGUCGCCAGCACCCCGGGGGCUCACGACCCGUUGGCAAAAUACAUGUGCCGCGUCUGCGGACGAGGCGACAUCGAGGAACAAAUGCUGUUAUGUGACGGUUGUGACGAUUCAUAUCACACAUUCUGCCUCGUGCCUCCGCUCGCCAUUGUGCCCAAAGGCGACUGGCGUUGCCCCGUCUGCCUCGCAGAAGAGGUAUCUAAGCCGACGGAGGCGUUUGGAUUCGAGCAGGCGUCACGAGAAUACACGCUGCAGCAGUUCGGAGAGAUGGCCGACCAGUUCAAGUCGGACUAUUUCAACAUGCCCGUACAUAUGGUGCCAACCCCAACGGUAGAAAAGGAGUUCUGGCGGGUAGUUUCGUCGAUUGACGAAGACGUCACAGUGGAGUAUGGCGCUGAUCUACACUCUAUGGACCACGGAUCUGGAUUCCCUACAAAGUCGAGCGCACAUCUGUACCCCGGCGAACAGCAGUACGCCGAGUCGAGUUGGAAUCUGAACAACUUGCCCGUCCUAGAGGGCUCUGUGCUUGGGCACAUCAACGCUGACAUAUCUGGAAUGAAGGUCCCGUGGCUGUACGUGGGCAUGUGUUUCGCGACCUUCUGCUGGCACAACGAGGACCACUGGAGUUAUUCCAUCAAUUAUUUACAUUGGGGCGAGCCCAAGACUUGGUACGGCGUGCCAGGCUCGAAGGCCGAGCAGUUCGAGGCCGCCAUGAAGGCCGAGGCCCCCGAGCUGUUCCAGCUGCAGCCCGACCUGCUGCACCAGCUCGUCACCAUCAUGAACCCGAACAUACUCAUGCGCGCCGGCGUGCCCGUCUACAGGACUGACCAGCGCGCGGGCGAGUUCGUGAUAACGUUCCCUCGCGCGUACCACGCCGGGUUCAACCAGGGAUACAACUUCGCUGAGGCCGUCAACUUCACGCCGGCUGACUGGCUAAAAAUGGGCCGCGAGUGCAUCGCACACUACUCUACCCUCCGUCGCUACUGCGUGUUCUCGCACGACGAGCUGGUGUGCAAGAUGGCGCUCUCACACGACGCAUUAAACAUGAAUGUGGCGCUCGCCGCGUAUAGAGACAUGAGAACCAUGCUCCACGACGAGAGGAGGCUUAGGAAGGCGCUUCUGGACUGGGGCGUGACGUCAGCCGAGCGUGAAGCCUUCGAGCUGUUACCCGACGACGAGCGGCAGUGCGCGCUGUGCAAGACGACGUGCUUCCUGUCGUGCGUGACGUGCGCGUGCGCGCGCCGCGUGGCGUGCUUGCGGCACUACGACCAGCUGUGCGCCUGCCCGCCGAGGAUGCACACCCUGAGAUAUCGAUACACCCUUGACGAGCUACCAGCGAUGCUAGAAAAGCUGAAGAAGAAAUCAGAAAUAUUCCGCGAAUGGGCGGAGUCUGUACAGAACGCUCUGGACCCGGACACACCGAAAACUUGCGACUUGGACGGCCUGAGGGCUCACCUUAGGAGGUCUAUUGAACUUAAGAUGCACAAAACCGAGUUAGUUCGCGCACUAGAAACCGCCAUAGAGGAUGCCGAAAAGUGCGCCUCCGUUAUUCAGCAGUUAGAUCUCAACAAGAUGCGAACUAGAACGCGCCAUCAUGACCCCAAAUACAGACUAUCAGUGCAAGAAUUGACACUGUUUGCGCAAGAGAUUGACCAGCUAGCUUGCGUGCUACCUGAAGGAUCAGCGGUAAAAGAAGUCCUGCGCCAGACCGCAGAGUUUGAGUCGCGCGCCACGGAACUGCUGAACAAAGAUUUGGACCAGACCGACCCCGGCUUCGUUAGAGACCUUGAAGAGGUGGUAGAACUCGGCGUACGCCUCUGCAUAGUCCUACCCCAACUCGCGCCGCUGCAAAUGCGCCUUCAACAAGUCAAGUUUCUUGAGGAGGUCCGGACUUACAGGGAAGACUACGCGACCUUGACCCCAGAGGUCAUCGACCGGCUGCUUCAGGAGUCGGAGAACGUGGUGCCGCAUCAUAAGAUUGAGACUGAACGGGCGUUGCUGUAUAAGCUUAAAGCGGAAGUCGAGGAAUGGGAGGAGCGCGCCCGCGCCGUGCUCAUCGACCCGUCGAAGCCACCCGCCGACCCGCCGCAGCACACGACUCUCGCCGAAGUCCAAGCGUUACUCGACGCAAGGGAAGACAUUGAAGCCUCCUUACCUUCGUACCACGCGCUCAGUCACGCCAAACAACAUGCGCAAGACUGGCUUGUAAAGGUGGAAGAGAUGCAGUCAAAAGACUUAUACCCAUACAUGCACAGCGUGGAAGCUUUAGUGAAGCGCGGACAGCAAAUACCUCUAGCGUUGUAUGAGAAAGAUCAACUUGCCGCAGCUUUAGCGUCCGCCAAGGAAUGGAAACGUGGAGCUGGAGAUAUGUUCUUAAAGAAGAACUGGCCUUAUUCACUCCUGGAGGCGCUGUCGCCGCGCACGGAGGCGACGCCGUGCCGCCGCCGCGCGCGCGCCGGCGCCGCGUCGCCGCAGCCCUCCUCGCUGGAGGCGGGGCUGUUCCUGCGCAACUUCAGCGAGGACUCCACCCCCACCGAGAUCGUCGCCGCCUUCAAACACGCCGAGCAGCGCGAGCUGGCCACCGUCAAGGAGCUCAGGAAGAAGAACAUGCGCAAGGAAGUCCGCGCGCCCCCCAUGCCGGGGAUCUCGUUCUGCGUGUGCCAGAAGCGGCAGUACGGCGUCAUGACGCAGUGCGAGCUCUGCAAGGACUGGUUCCACGCCGCCUGCAUAACCGCCGCAAAAGAGGAACGCGCCGAAUCCGAAGAGCGAGACCUUCCGUUCCCGACGCCCGAACCGAAGUUCCUGUGUCCCGACUGCACCCGGACUCGUCGCCCGCGCCUCGACCGAAUCCUCGCGUUACUGGUGUGGCUCCAAAAGCUACAAGUGCGACUAGCAGAGGGAGAAGCACUGCAGUGUGUAACAGAGCGCGCAAUGGCGUGGCAGGAUGCCGCGCGUGCCGCGCUGGCGCACCCCGCGCUAGCACAACUACCCGUUGAGCGCGACCGCGCGGCUGCGAAUCGGGAAAAAUCUGACAAACUCAACGCAGAAUUGAAGAAAGCGACCGGCCGGGCGCAUGACCACUCAUCACAGAACGCAAGGUCGUCAGCGAGCGUGGAGCACGCGUACAGCGCGACGCCGCGCUCGCCGGGCGCGCGUCUGGCGCCAGGGCUCUUGCAGAAACUGGAGGACUUGAUGCUGGAAGGAGAUUUGCUAGAGGUCCAACUAGAGGAGCAGGUUCAAGUGUGGAGCGCGGUGUGUGCGGCGCGCGGCUUGUGCGGGCGCCGGGUCGCGCGGGUGCUGGACGCCGGGCGCCGCAAGCGCGCCGCGCGCGCGCCCGCCCGGCCGCACGCGCAGCUCAAGCGCGCCCGAGCGCCCCCGCCCCCGCCCCCGCGCGGCGGCAAGCCGGCCAAGCGCGGCGCAGCCACCACCACCAACUAUCUCAAUAGGAAACAGGGAAUUUCAUCCGGCUCGGGCCUUAUGAUGCGCAAACACUACAUGGCGCGGCAGGAGCGCCGCAAGAACGCCGCGCGGGGCAAGCUCGCGCGGCAUCCCAGGAUGGGACAACGCUCAGCAGCACAAACCCGCGAGACGGGCGCGCGGCGCGCCGCCGCCGCCGCCGGCGCGACCGCCGAGGCCAGCAGCAGCGGCUCCUCCUCCGGCGACGACGACGACGAGCAGUGCGCCGCCUUCAACUGCCGCCGACCCACCGGCAAAGUGGACUGGGUGCAAUGCGACGGUGACUGCGACCAAUGGUUCCACAUGCACUGCGUGGGGCUCCAGCGCGCCGCCCUACGCGACGACGACGAGUACAUAUGCGGCGCCUGCGCCGCGCGCCAGCUCGGCAAGCCGCGCAAGGCCAAAGGCAACGACGAGCGGUAAACACCCCGGGACAGACACACGAGUGAAAACGGUUACAAAGAUUUUUUAAAUUUUCGGAAAGGUCUAAAGUCAAUCCUUAGUCAAUGUGACGAUAACGUAAAAUUAUACAGAAUCUUGUAAACGGUUACAAAUUAUACUUCGGUAGAUUUUUUCUGCGAUUUGCUCGAACGCGUUUUUUAUAAAAUCAUUAAAUUAGAAAAGUCACAAGGGUAGAUUUGUGUAACCUUUCAGAAACUUGAUGAUUUUCUAAAAAAAUGUCACUUUCGGGCAAAUAUUAGAGCAUUUAAGAACCGCAGUCGCCUUUAAGAGCUUACCCCUCUGCCGAAGACCUUGCAUUGCACAAUUCUGCAAACUUUUGUAUGGAUUGACGUUUAUCUGACAUGGCUAUUUGUACGUUACGUCCAAUAGGCAAAUAGCCAUACAUUUGACGUGACCCUCCGCCGCAGAAAUCGGCAGACUGUUUUGUACAGAAAAUUACAGCUAAGGCGUCUCCAGUUACUAAAUGCUCUAAGGGGCAAAUUAAAUUUAGUAUAAUUUUACGCUGAUGUGUAAUCGUUUUGUAUUGUGUCUUGUUGGGCACAAAUGUCAUGAUUAUAUAAAGAAAUGAAUGUUGAUUGCGCUGCUAAAACUAUUAGGUUUUCUGAUUUAAAUAUUAGAUUAAAAUUGACAAUCGUGACAUUUUAUGACAGAACGAUUGUCGGUUAACAAACUGUGUGGCGCAAUCAAUAUUUAAAGUGUUAUGAAAAGACUGUCAUAAUAUUAGAAUACGCGAAUUUUCAUCAUUUUAGCGUAAUCGUAUAGUUUAAAUUUUAACUGUUGCAAAAAUGCCAAUUUAUGAAGAAACCAAACUAUAGCGUCAAUAAUUACGUGUGAUGUAGUUAAAAACAUGAAUACUGAUUUGACAACCAUUUUAAUGUGACUAUUUAAGAGGGGGCGUAAAGCUAGGAAAUUAGAAGGAGAUAAGAGAUAUGGCGCGCCGCGCGAAACUCGCGACACAAGAAAUGACUAUCGUGCGGGUUGGCUUUUAUAUCAAUUACUCUGAAAAUAUACUUCAGUUCUGUAUCAAAUUUUGCUCGUCAGAUCCCUCGGUAAUAUCACUAGCAAUGUUAUACUAAAAUUAUAAUGCUAUGGUAUGCAGGGUAACGAUCGAUGUACAACUAAAAUUAUUGUUUUUUUCGUGAAGUUUUCUAUCAAACAAACUUUUACCUUUUAAGGGCAGACCCUUGAAUACAUAUAGUCUGUUUUCAGUGUGAUAUUUUCAUAGCAUUUGCCUUUGAAAUAGAGUAAAAAUUCAAUAUAAAAACUAAAUUUUUUCCAAUAAGCCCCCUCUUAAAAAGAGAUAUGAUGAUCUUCUCUGUUACACUAUAAACAUAAUGAAGAGGUCACUGAACCCUAAAUAGAUGAUAAAAACGCAGAAAAAACUUGUUAUCUGCUUAAAACUUUGGAUUAUACACCUCUUGGUUUCAAAAUAAUCUACACAAAGAUUGCCGAAGCCUUUAAGAUCAUAUACAGAUAUAACUAAAUGUAACCUAAAUUAAUCAAACUAAUGCAUUAUUCGAUCUGUCGGUAUAUAGAAUACAACACCUUUUUAAACUGUACCUGUAUGUUGAAUCAACUUAUGUGAAAGUAAAACUUACAGUCGAGAUAUACGAGAAAUUACAAAUUAUUUAUCUUCAAUUGCAAUGGACUACGUUUAUAAAUUAUUUUUCACAUCAACUAAUCAGAAAAUGGAUUUUUCUUCCCUGCUAGGGGGGGAUCAAAGUGGCACUUUUAUAUUCUACGACAUUUCAUUGCCAGUAUAAAAUAUUAAUAUAAUUAACUAUGAACAUCGUAUGUACAGCCUGGCAAAAAAGAAUAGAAAUUAAAAAGUGGCAACACUGUUGAUUUGAUUGCUAAAUAAUAAUAUAACAACACUAAGAUUUUUUGAUUUUCCUCAUAGUUGAUGUGAAAAUCAGUAUGUGUCACACGGUAUCAAAAUUAUUUCGUCUUGGGCGUUAACACUUGAAUCCCUCAUUACGCUCAGGAUUCUACUUUAGAAUUCCUCACUACGUGCGGGACUCUAUUGUACAAUCCAUCGCUUCAUUCAGGAUUCAAUAUACGCCCUUGACGGAAAUAUAUAAUUUUGAUCCCUUGUAACACAAACUACUAUAUAAAUUUACAUUGGAUUGUGAGUAUAUAAAAUACUUUUCCCCCCGGAAUGCGCCAAGGAAUUUUAGACCGUAUCCCGACGGUGAUAAAAUAGGUUUUGUGUCAAUCUUGUUCAAAUAACGAAAUAUGUGUGAGCUUAUUGUCCGUAGAAACGGGGAACGUUACCGGUAUUUCUUUUUUUUUUGUAUAAAUUACCGAUGUUCUUUUAUUUCACGUAAAGCGAUUGGUUAAAUAUCCAAUAUUUUUUCUGCAAGUUACAAUCAUUGUUUACGAGCCGGUUUUUGGUUCGAAACUUUUUUACAAAUAUAAUUUCUUCAUAGAUUUUAUCAAUGAGACUCAUAUAAUAUUAUGAAUGACAUAUUUUAAUUGAAACCCUUACUCCGAUUUUGCCAAAACCAUAAUUACGAAGUAAACUAUACUUAGAGUCCGUCUAAGCUAACUCUGCACCGAAUCGGCAAGCGACAGAGUGUGGUGUCGCCAUAAUUAAAUUCCUACGAAAAAAUGAUGUUUAUAGCGGCGCUGCCACACUUUGUCCCAGCCAAGUCGGUGCAGUUAGCUCAGACGGGCUCAAGACACAUCUAAUACGGUUCAAUAUUACCGGUAGCAUAUCCCCGAGUAGAAAAUUCAAUAUCAACGGUGUUACUUUCGAUGUCAUAGAUAUACUGGAACUUAUUGGAUGUUGUUUAUUCGUGUCUAAACGUGCUCCUGUCCGUACUAUAAACGGGAAACUAAAUCAUCUUCAUAUGACCCCACACUAGCGUCUCCCGAGCGUCGGCGUCCAGUCAACUCUACGGCUGCCGCUCGACGCAACGUUGGCGCAACUGCGCAGCGACGCCGUUUCCCAUAGCGCUGACUAGACGCUGACGCUCAAAAGACGUGGUCCUUAAUAUCAAGUUGCUUAGCAGAGAAACGGUUUUUUAUGACCAUUUUCUGUAUUUAGUACUUGUUACAAUGUUGCGGUGUGUUAGACCGGUCAUUGUGGCACUCUUUGGGGGAGGCCUAUGUCCAGCAGUGGACGUCCUCUGGCUGAUAUGAUGAUGAUAAGUACUUGUUAUCAUUUUUCCACAUACGGAAGAUUGCGGGUCACUUCUGGAUGAGAUUGGCCCAGGACCGGGAUAAGUGGCGUGUGGAAGAGAAGCCUAAAGCUCGGCAGUGGGCGAUAAAAGGCUGAUAUGAUGAUGAUGAUCAUCAUCAUCAUCAUUUUUUUAAUUUGUACUGGAACAAUGUGAGGUUCAUCAUAUGAAGAUGAUUUGAAUUUCUCUUGUUACUAUUUCCUAUCCAAGACAUUUUGAUGUUAUAUCAAUAUUCGAUGGAAGAUCUGAUUAUAGUGAAAUAUAUCUACUGUUUUUUCUGUCAGUUAACACAGACAGGGCAAGGAGUGUGAUUUUAUAAAAGGUAUGGAAAUUGUGACAGAAGUAAGUCAUUUUCAGGACAGUCAAGAAACUUUCAUGUGUCAAGUUAGUAUACCUAAAUUUAGUACUGUUCUCAAAAUUACUUACUUCUAUCGUUUUAUUAUUAGGACGGACUUAGGGAUUUACUAAAACAUUAUAUUAAAUUCUAAAUACGCCCACUCACGAAGUGCAUGCGAUAGAGAAAAAUUAAAAUGAAGUGUAAAUAUUUUUUUAAGAGUAAAACAAUUCUAGACGAUUUUUUAAAGGAAUUGGUACAUUUUUGGAAAUUAAAAGAGGUUUGUGCGUGCUUGUAAUGUUCGCCCUCGUUGAAGCGGUUUACUGUACUUUGGAUUUCACCCGCUAGGGGGCGGUGUGUCGUUUCGAUAAAAUAUACUUGUGUAAAAUAAAAAGGCCUAGAAGGUUUGUGCUACACAUUUGUGGUUGCCUUUGAGUAUAUUUCGCUAUAUUAUUGAAAAAGCGACUGAGAUAGGGAUGUUUUUGGCCUCAGUUUCGGUGUCAAAACUGAAGUCAAAAACAUCUCUAUCUCAGCUUCAGUGCCUGCGCACUGCACUCCCGCAGCUCGGCCUUCGGCCUCGCGUGCUUAGCCUUCGUCCUCACGUGCUUGGCCUAUGGGACAGUUGGAACUAGCUUUCUAGGCCUUAUUAUUCAUAUUUUUCUAAUUCAGUCCCGACCAGUUAUUGUCUCGCGUCUUAGAAACAAAUUAACGAUUUUCAAUUCUAUUCCCUACAUGGAAAGGUUUAAAUUUGAUAAUCCGUUUCUAAAAGCGUCCUUAUAGUGAUGCCCUCGCUUCACGCGUCAACACACACACAAUCACAUACUUUUAUAUGGAUGAUGCUCAAUUUUAGACUAGCUUUUUUACAACAAGCUUCUGACAAGUCUAACGUUGUUUUUUAGGGUCCGUACCCAAAGUGUAAAAACGGGACCCUAUUACUAAGACUCCACUGUCCGUCUGUCUGCCACCAGGCUGUAUCUCAUGAACCGUGAUAACUAGACAGUUGACAUUUUCACAGAUGAUGUAUUUCUGUUGUCACUAUAACAGCAAAUACUAAAAAGUACGGAAACCUCGGUGGGCGAGUCGCACUUGUCCAGUUUUUUAUUGUGUUGUAUGAUUACCAACAUACAACAUUAUUUCUUUGGCACAAAUCUAGAUAACAGUUUUUGCUUCGAUCAAUUAUUAUACUUUUAUUUAUUAAAACCGUCGUGAUUGCCAAUAGAAUACACAAACAACCCAUCUCAUCCGAGGUCAUUUAUCGGUCCGAAUCGCUAGACGAGGUCCUAUAUACGUCGAGGAUAAAAUGCCUAUUUUACUUUUAUACACUAGGAUGUAAAAUCAAUUUUAAACAACCUUAACUCAUAUAUAAAGAACGUAGUUACAUGAGAAGUACUAAUUAUUUUUUUUAUACUGACUUAGGCCCACUUGCACCGUCCCAAUAACCCGGGGUUAACCGGUUAAACCUGGAGUUACAAUGGUUACCAGUUCAAUUUGAUACUGAGUUAACGGUUUAACCGGUUAACCCCGGGUAAGCGAGGUGGUGCAAAUGGCGCUUAUUGACAUAAAGUCAGCGAUUUCUUUUAAACCAAGCCAACAUCAUAGUUUAGAUCAUACCGUGUUCAUGUUGACUCGUGUAUCGGCGGCCGCCAGUAUUGCUCAAUGGAUCUUGGAUUAUGCUCGAAAAGUUGUACAGACGGAGACGUAGUGCAUAAUUAUUUUCCAUCGUAUUUUCUAGGAAACGUUCGUAUUUGUCAUGCUACUUCAGUCAGUACUUUUUGUACCGAGACUAACUGAAGUAGCAAAAUACGUUCGCCCGUUUCCGUGAAAAUACGAUGGAAAUAGCCCAAUCGGUCAGCAUGUCGUCUUAUGUUUCUGGGCCCACUCAAAUUUCGCUCGCGACCCAUAAUUUGGGAAAGGCUUACUUACUUCCUUACUUACUUAAUGGUGCAGCGACCCAAAAUGAGUCUUGGCGUCCGACACGAUUACACGCCAGUUGUCUCGAUCUUGUAUCAUCUCCCGUCAGUUAUCGUUGGGAAAUGCUGCUAUAACAUAUUCGGAAUCAACACGUAAGAAUCUUCAGUCUUUAGACUUUAUAUUUUACUUUUAGCGGCAAUCUUAGAAAUCAUUGGGCAGUACUGAAAAGGAUCGGUCGGUAACACUCGACAUACUGAGUUUUAAUAACUACGCGUUGUGGUGUAUUCAUGCGUGUUCGAUAUUUGGUUUUAAUUCCGUGUGAAUGUAUCGUAAGGGCCACCCCACACUAGCGUCGGCGUCUACUCAAUUCUAUGGCGGCUGCUGCUCGACGCAACGACGCCAAUCUCCAUAGCGCUGACUAGACGUCGACGCUUGGAAGACGCUAGUGUGUGAUGGCCCUAAGAUCUGAGUGAGUACAGGCCAAUCCUUUCACGAGGGAUACUGUGUUCUUAUAGCAUAAGGUCGACUUUUCGACGGACGUGUACAUAAAUGUUACUGUAGUUGAUGUAUAUUAAGGCGAUGUUCGCUUAGUUUUAAGAGCUUGCGCCCGCGCGCCUUAACUGAAUAUAAGCAAAUUUUUUUAUUACCUAUAUUUCUUUUUGUUUAAUAAAUACAUUUAUUUGACAAACAUUUUGAUUAUUGCGUAACUGAGCAGGCUUUGGUAAAUGGACCCCUAAUAUAUAAAUAUUGUAAUUGUUUUCGUGAAUGAUAAAAUGAAAGUAUUGUCUGUUCCGAUAAGAAUAAAAAUACCGCCUGAAUAUGAAACUUGAUAAAAUAUCUGACCAGUACUUUUUGUUUAUCAUCCAUGUAUUAAUGCUGGUUUUACACAUUUGUUAUUUUAUCUCAGAAUAUUUAAUCAUUCACAACUUUUUGAUAUAUCAUUGUGAUAAUCGUAAAUCUAAGAUACUAUCACUGUUAAAAUAGUGUCUAUUUUACACUAGGUAAUAAAUUAAUAAUGUUGAUAACUUCGUCAAAAAUUGGACAACAUUAUAAAAUUACUUUCGAUUUUUAGACAAAUUGGCGUAAAAGAAAUUAAAGUGCGAAUGUGUAAACCCACCAUUACAUAACAAGCCUAGUCUAAUGAAAUUCAUGGUCCUUUAGACAUUUGACCAAUAUUUUGAUUGUGAAGAUGAAAUUGUCAAACAGAUUUGAACCUUGAGGCGUAUGAAAUAAAGUUUGCGUUGCCCAUUGA